AUGGGCUGUCUCCCACCCGUCCUCAACUCCCUCAUUGACCGCUGCAAGCAACGACUGAAAAAACUGACGAUGAACCGUAAAAAUACAGCGGCAUCUAAGGCUCGACGGCAAGACCAACCGCAGCUCCGCUUCAACGACUCGGGCAUCUCGCUCUCCCUCGACGACGAGAGCACACGAUCCUCCAACGGCUCCAGCUCACAGGACCUCCGACCGAUGCGCUUGAUGCUCCAUGGCUCAUUCUCCGAAUCGAGCAACAGCUGCGACUCGUUACUUGGCCUCCAGCUAGCCACGGAUCUGGCCAAAAGCGACACAAUUCGGACACGACCGCCCCCGCUUGACUUCUCCGGAGCCGUCCAGGAUAGCGUCAAGCCAGCCACCGAAGCGCCGUUUGAACAAGAUGACAACAACAGCCACGACACAAUCUAUUCGGACAACAAGGAAAACAUGCCACCCGGCUGCUCGGUGCGCAUCUACCACGGCGACGACGAGGCUCCCUGCACAGCGAGCAGCUUGACGAUCCGUCGUAUACACUCGGACUUGGAAACUGUUAUGAACACCCGGAAGCGCACUUCGUUGUUGUCUUCCCAUUCGCCGCAGGCCAAGAAGCUCCACAUGCAGCCGCUCGGCGUGCUCUACGAGGACGGAGAACAUGACAUCUCGUCUGCUUCCGUGCGAUCCCUGCACGCUCGUGCUCAGUCAACAGGACCCGUCGAGAAGGGCGUCUUUCGAACAACACACGGAGAUGACGAAUGGUCGCCGCAGCACCUAGAAGUGAACUAUUCAUUGCCAUGCCUGGAAAAAGUGACAUCCCAAGCUUUUCGACUGAUCAGCAAUUUGACACUUUGGCACGAGUUUUCCCGGCUGGGCGCCGCCGCCUUUAAAGAACGAUACAACCUGGUGGACUGUCGCUACGAGUACGAGUUCCGCGCUGGCCAUAUUGAUGGCGCCAUCAAUCUGUGUUCGGACUCGGAAUUGACGGAUCUGUUCUUCCCGGAGUGCACGAACAAGUUGCAAGACUCGCGGCGGCGCAUCCCGAUCUUCUACUGCGAAUUUUCCGAAGUACGCGGACCCAGGAUGGCCAAUGCUCUUCGCAAGCUCGACCGGAUGCGGAACUCUCAUCUCUACCCGCACGUCGACUAUCCGGAGAUGUACGUCCUCGCCUGCGGCUACAAGGCGCUCUGGGAGUUUGCCAACAAGGAGAAGAAUGACAUGCUGACGCUGUGCGUGCCACAAGGCUACACGCGGAUGCAUGCCCCGGAGCACGCCGACGAACUGCGCAAGAACAAGGAACACCGCCGCGGUCGUCAGAAGGCCAAGCGCCCGCCGCAGCGCCCGACUCGCCGCGUGAUCGCCGUCACGGCUGAUGAGGUGCCCGCUCCGAUGCCGACAACACCGGCCGAGCCCCAUCGCCGCUCAACGCACACCCCGCUGCGCCCUCCGCCGAUGGUCUUCCCGGACUCAGGGCUUUGCAUGGGCGAUUACCCACCCCGCACCUGCUACUCGCCCCUGUCGCUUGACGUCUCACGACCGGCACAUCGCUAUCUCGGGCAAGAAGCCGCCUACUCGCCGUUCACUGCUUCUCGGCCCCAAGCAACAGCUCAACCUCCCGUUGUAGCUGAAGUGAAAGAGAAGAGUGAGGUCCGAUUCGCGUCUCCGAUUUGCAUUGAAAGCCCCAUCGACGAGGAGUCCGACACUGAGACGCUACACUGCGAGCCGAGACAAUCAGCCCCGUUAAAAGCCAAACAAGCGCCCGUCGAAUUCGAGAAGCGCCUCUACCAAAUAAAGAACAAGGGCUCGCCAAAGGAUCUCCCCAGCGCUCACCCGAAGACGAUCGCUUUUGGCGCUACGACAAACGUAUCGCAGACCGUCGAGGGCAAGCAACUCGCCGUUUUACAACGAGGUUUCGCACGCACUAAGCAGCCCGUCGUCCCGAAAAUGAGCAAAUCCGUCGGCGCGCUGCCCGUCAGCGACAAGGAAAACAAGUCCCCGGCCGCUUUUACGGCAGCACCAAACCCCUUCAAGCCGACGGCAAAAACCUCGGCGAAAUCGGCUGGCGGGCUCGAGGCUGAGGUGGAGGAAUUGAGAAAGGAGGUGAAGCUUUUGAAAGAACGGGACGCCGAGCGGGCCAAUCAAAUGGCGCAACUUUGGUCAGCGAUCCAUGAACUGCAACGAAAAGCCCGGGCGGGCACCUCGGAAGAAUUCUCGUCAGACGAUGAAGCUUCACCGCGCUGCCGACGAUCUGGGAAAAGGGUGAAACCGUGGUCCGAGUUUGUCGAGGAGAUGAGGCGCAAAUACGAGGAGGACCCGCUGCUUUUCAACAAUACGUUUGGCGAGAUAAUUGUGGACGUGAAGGGCCCCGAGCCAAGGCCGGGCCGAUCGAGUCGCGAUCGACGGGAUUCGAGCCGUGAUCGACCGAGAGAUCGGGACCGUCGCCCGUCGUCUAGGCCACGUCAUGAAGCGCCCCUGGCUGCACACCAUGAGCGCCAUCGGGGCAAGAAAGGAGCCACAGUCACGCAGAAGUUCGUCUACACCCAAGAAGUUCAACACGGGCUGUCGCCUCGCCUCGAUGAGCUGUACAGCGUCGACACGAAGCAGUACUUCUUGAAGAACCACGUCCUCUCCACCGAGAAGCCCUACCCGGAAGAGCUCGCCUCGAUCGCCCCAGCGCCCCAGUUCAGCGCCUACCCGCGCAGCAACUUUGACAACGCGGCGCCGAAGAAGCCGAUGACCCCCUCGCGGAGGCGCAUUAGUUACAUGGUGGACAUGCCCGAGGAGGAGGAAGAGUUCCCGCAGGCAGACCGGAUGGCUGAGGCUUUCUCCGAGUUUCCGAAUUGGCAAGAUGGAGGGCACGGCGCCCAGUCGUAUAUUGCGCCCGCUGACGAUGACACGCAGCGUCGCCGUCGCCUCGAGGAGAUCCGCCAGCGCCAUCAGGCGCGCAUCGCCGAGCAGACGCGCCGCGAAGCGCCCGAAGAAUUCGACGACUAC